AUGGCCAGCUCAGAUGAAACCCACGCUCAACCAACGAAUAAGCGUCCUCACGCAGAGGUGGACGCAGCCGACGAUGGCGAUGACUCCUCUUCUGACGAUGACUUCGGUCCCGCGUUGCCAUCCGAGGUAGCACCUAAGAAGAAGAGGCGCAAGCUGCCCUUUGAAAAGGUGUACAUCAAGGCACUCCCCGCCUCGUCGCGCUACUCGAAAUCCCUCAUGCAUAAGGACCAAUUGUCCUUCGUGACCGUGACACCAUUCACGGACUUUGUGAUCACAAGCUCUGUUGAUGGAGUGGUCAAGUUCUGGAAGAAAAUGGCGGAUGGGAUCGAAUUUGUUAAAGAGUUCCGAGCGCACCCAGGUGAAAUCCGAAGCGUCAAUGUCAGUGCCGACGGACGGAGCUUUGCGACAGCGGGUACGGAUAAGACGGUCAAGAUCUUUGAUGUGAUUACUUUUGAUUUAUUGGCCAUGUACACACUCGACUUCGUACCCCGAUGUGUCUGCUGGGUGCACCGACGAGGCGCCUCUUUGCCGCUCCUCGCAGUAACAGAUGAGUCAAGCAAUACCUUUAAGAUCUUUGAUGGGCGUGGUGAAAACCCUCAGCCCCUGCACACGGUCACCUCGGUCCAUCGCUCACCAAUCGUCUCCAUGGCGUUCAACAAUACAUUUGAUUGUGUCAUUUCGGGCGACGAGUCCGGAAUGAUAGAAUACUGGCGCGCAGGUGAUGGAUCUUUUGAGAAACCCGACAAUGUCUUCGAGCUCAAGUCAUCGACCAACCUCUUCGCCUUCAAGAAGGCCAAAUCCGUCGCCACUGCAAUCACCAUCUCACCUUCCGGGGAGCAUUUCGCGACCGUUUCCUUUCCCGAUCGUCAAAUUCGGGUUUUCGAAUUCGCGACGGGUAAGCUGUAUCGGACCUAUGACGAGUCGAUCACUACCAUCAUGGAGAUGCAGCAAGCAGGUACUGCCCCAUACCAGCUGGAGGAGGUCGAGUUUGGACGACGAAUCGCGGUCGAAAGGGAACUGGAAGGCGAAGCGACCCGAAGUAAGGUCAACGUUUCCUUUGACGAAUCAGGCCACUUCUUGCUCUACGGAUCUCUGUAUGGCAUCAAAUGCAUCAAUACCUAUACCAACCGUGUGGUACGAGUCUACGGCCGAGAGGAGCCGUUUCGAGCCCUGCACUUGGCGUUGUACCAGGGCCAACCUCAGCGAAAGGGCGUGGUGACUGUGUCCAUGGCCGCGAGUAGCAACCCCCUCCUGCAGGAAGCUGAGGAGCGUGAUGCCAUUCUCGUCAGCACGGGCUUCGCCAAGGUGCGCUUCUAUCUGUUCACAAAUGAAACGGAAAUCUCCAAGAGCAGCCGUGAUGUGCAAAACGAGAAACCUACUCAGGUGGCGGGCGCGUCAGACACCGGCGCCACCAAACCCCAAGAGACGGGGACGGCGGCGGUGCUCCACACCACCAUGGGUGACAUUCACCUACGCUUGUAUCCCACGGCAGCGCCACGGACCGUGGAAAACUUUGUCACCCAUGCCCGUCAAGGUUACUACAACAACACCAUCUUCCAUCGGGUGAUUCGCAAAUUCAUGAUCCAGGGCGGUGAUCCUCAAGGAGACGGUACAGGCGGUGAAUCCAUCUGGGGUGGAGAAUUCGCGGAUGAAUUUUCGACGUUGAAGCAUGACAAACCCUACACGCUAUCCAUGGCCAAUGCCGGUCCCAACACCAAUGGUAGUCAAUUCUUCAUUACGACGGAAAAGACGCCCUGGCUGGACAACAAGCACACCGUGUUUGGCCGUGCCGUGGCCGGCUUGGACGUGGUUCAUAAGAUCGAAAAUGUGAAGACGUAUAAGGAAAAGCCCGAGGUGGAUAUCAAGAUUGUCAGUAUCAGCAUCUCCUGA